AUGAAAAUUGUACACGCAAAGCGAAGGCCUUCUCGUCCUUUUAUGGACAGGUUCGUCCAUCUGGCGGUGGAACUGGUGAAGCUGGUGUUUAAGAUUAUAGAAGGCAUCAUCAGAGCUUUGCUGGAAGUAGCUGUGGACCUGUAUUUCUAUGGCAUCUGUGCUGCCACGGGAUUGGUUAUAGGAUUCUUCAUUUUAAGGAACGGGGUCUGCGAAGGGAAGAGUUGCUUCUCCAAUAGUACCUUCAACAACCUGGUGAUGAUGACAGGUUGUGCCCUGACUCUUAUAGCCGCCUACACAAUUUACAAAAGACUAAUCUGAUUUGAAAAGUAGUAGCU